AUGGAUGCCGAUGGUCACUUUUUCUAUUGUUUUCUUCAAGAAUUUCAUUUACUUCUUUUAUUAUUAUUUAAUUCUAGUGAAAAAGUUGCUAUUGAAUAUUUGAACCUCUGUGAUUGGGACGUUGAAGCAUCUAUUGACUAUUUCUACGACACUCCGGUUCUUGUUGAUGACGCACUUUUGGAAGAGCUUUAUAAUAGAUAUAAAGAUCCCGAUAUAGAUAUGAUAUUGGUUGAUGGUAUUACUCUACUAUGCAAUGACCUUGAGGUGGAUCCCCAAGAUAUAAUUAUGUUAGUUAUCUCAUGGCACAUGAAUGCUUCUACAAUGUGUGAAUAUUCCAAGAUGGAGUUUUUACGAGGGUUACAAGAAUUAAGUGUAGAUACUGUGGAGAAGUUCCGUGAUAAGAUUUCAUACAUUCGCUCUGAGCUGAAUGAUGAAAAAAAGUUUCAUGACAUAUACAACUUUGCAUUUAGCUGGGCAAAAGAAAAGGGCCAAAAAUCUAUGGCAUUGGAUACUGCAAUUGGUAUGUGGCGUUUGUUAUUUGCUGAGAAGAAGUGUCCUUUGCUUGACCAUUGGUGCCAAUUUUUACAGACUCGACAUAAUAAAGCAAUUUCAAGGGACACAUGGUCUCAACUUUUGGAGUUUUUUAAUAAAGUAGAUACUGGACUAGAAAAUUAUGAUGCUGAAGGUGCUUGGCCCUAUCUUAUCGAUGAAUUCGUGGAAUACUUGAACGAGAAUGGCAUCAAUCAUUCAAAGAUGGAAUGA